AUGCGGAUAAACAAUUCAGAAAGAGUGACCCAUUACUUACAUGGUUGCCAAAGCCAAUGCGAUGGCGAUAGCGGUGGCAGUGGUGGAGCCGGUGGUGGCGGCGGUGGGGGUGGUGUCAGGAAACUCUUGUCCGAGGAGCUUUUCGAAUUUGCUCUAAGGCAUCGUAAUGACCGUAAUUGUCCCGCCCGUGGCUUCUACACCUAUGAUUCUUUCGUUGAGGCUUCAAAGGAUUUUCCCGCUUUCGGCACAACCGGAGACAAAGCAAACCAGCUAGGGAAGAUUGCCACGUUCCUGGCCCAAACUUCUCACGAAACUACUGACGGCAUUCUGGUCCUGGAUGACGCCAAGACGCGGAAUGCCAUCGCCCCACGAUGUCAUGAUCAGAGAUUGGACUCCGAAAUUUACCGACAUAUAGUUGCUGGACGCAUUCCCGAAUAUGGUGCUGUCACAAACAUUAUCGAGGCGGCGGGCCGUGUGGUUAUGGAUCGGAGCGCCGAGACAGAGACGCUGUUGGGUUCUAUCUAA